AUGGGAGAACCUAGUUCAUCGUGGUAUAACUCCAUGGCUGUGUCUACACUGGGAAGCGGUAAUCUUCGAGAAGCAUUGAAACUGCCACCGGGAGAAGACAAAAACGAGUGGCUCGCAGUGAAUAUCAUCGAUCUAGUAAACCAAGUUCGAAUGGUUUUUGGAGUGCUCUGCGAGGCUGAAUGCACCGAUAUAAAAUGUCCGUCGAUGACAGCACAUGGGAGACAGUACACAUGGACCAGUGACGAGACUGUCCUGAACACAAGUGCUCCUCAAUACAUCGACCUCUCACUAACUUCUUGUCAACUCAACAUAGAUGACGAGAACGUAUUUCCUUCCGAGAUUGGCAAACAAUUUCCUGCAAACUUCGAAGAACGAUGUCAGACGAUCAUGAGGCGUCUGUUCCGAAUUUAUGCUCAUGUAUACUUUGCCCAUGUCAGCCAUUUCAAGGAAAUCAAGGCGCUGCCUCAUCUGAACACUUCUUUCAAGCAAUUUGUACUUUUCGCGAAUCAAUUCCAUCUUCUGAACAAGGAGGAAACGGAACCACUACGGGAAAUCAUCGAAAACCUUGUCUCAUUCAGCUGA